AUGUCGCUUUGGAUGAUGAGAAACCUGUUUUUAGCUUCACUGUUGCUGGUGCCUGCAACUUCGCAGCCUGAGGGCCUGGGCUUCGUUCAACGAGCUGCCGUUGAGAUGCGCGCCAAGUCGCCAAGGGCCAGCUCACAGACGUUCGGUGAGGUUUUCUGCUCCCAGGCACCCUGGCUGUGCUCAAGUACGUUCGACUGCCUCAACUCCACUGGCGCGCUGCCAACGGAGGAGACAAUGCGAGCGCGAAUUGCCACAUCGGCGGGUGAGCCGAAUCUACAGUCGUGGUGCUUCUUUCAGAUCAGAUGGGACAACAUUGUGAAGAGCUGCCUGGUCGAUCAGGAUCUGUCGCUCGCUGCUCGGCAGCUCUUCCAUCAAGCCCUCCAGGCUCAUCCCGCUGCAGAAGACAACGACGCUCAGUACUGCUUUUUGAACGGGCUUUGUGAAGAGAGUGGCAUAAGCCCAGCUUCCAAGCUGGAGGAUGCAACUGCGGUUUGUAACCGACGAUAUCCGGAGCCCAACGGCUGGAAGUCAAUUGGUUUUGCUGAACCGGCUUUGCAGCAACCUCCGACAACUGUCGCCAUAGCGGAGACGUACGCGAAGUCUGCUUGCGCACAAGGCAGUUUCCACUGCAUGGCCGUGUAUUGCCAGGAGACUUACUGCAAGAUGGAUGAAUACAGGCAAAAGUUUGGUCAGGGCAAGCAGGAGCUUCUGUAG